UGCUAUAAUUAUUUAAAGAAACAACUUUUGCAUUUGCGAUGGGUUCUCUCAAUGCAGCAUUCAUCACCUAUAUAUCAACACUAUACUUUCAUUUUCUUUGAUUUCAAGAGUUGAAAACCAGUUUUGAUGAUUAGAUCAAGAUCAAUCUUUCUUGUUGUUUUUGAUGGGAAAGUUCAUGUGGACAUGCAGAAGUGAUCAGAUAUUGAUGAGAAGUGAUUUGGAAAACUUGGUGGUUGCCUAAGAAAGGAUGCCACAAACCAACUAUGGUUUGCACUGCCAAUGAUUUAUCAGAAUGGAAGGAUUUUCCGAAGGGUCUCAGGGUUCUUCUUCUUGAUGAGGACACCAAUUCUGCUGCUGAGAUAAAAUCAAAGCUUGAAUCUAUGGACUAUAUUGUUUACACUUUCCGCCAUGAAAACGAAGCUCUUUCGGCAAUUUCGAGUAGACCUGAAAGUUUCCAUGUAGCCAUUGUAGAGGUCGGUGCAAGCAAUAACAAUGGGAGUUUCAAGUUCCUUGAAAUGGCUAAGGACUUGCCUACCAUUAUGACUUCGAACAUUCAUUGCAUCAGCACCAUGGUGAAGUGCAUUGCGCUUGGUGCAGUUGAGUUUCUUAGGAAGCCACUUUCCGAGGAUAAACUAAGGAAUGUAUGGCAGCACGUGGUUCAUAAGGCAUUCAAUAGAGGGGGAAAUGACCUUACUAAACCACUCAAACCUGUUAAGGACUCUUUGGUUUCCAUCCUGCAACCACAAUUGGAAAACGGAAAACCUCGAAAAGGCGACUCGAAGAAAACGGAAGGUGCAUUAGUGGUUCAUCAAAAUGACCAUGAACCACUGGCACGCAAUGAUAAGUACCCUGCUCCUUCGACACCUCAAUUAGAGCAGGGAGGAAGAUUGUUAGAUGAUAGAGACUGCCAUGAUCAUACUAACUACUCUGAGGAAAAAGAGAACGGGGAGCAGGAUGGCAAAGCCAAAUCCGUCGAAACUACCAGCGGCAAUAGAACUAAUGAAGUAAAUGCAACAGUUGGCCAACCUCAGGAACAACGGGAGACCAAGAGGGAUAGGCCACUAAAUGGAGUGGAUCCCGAAGAUUCUCGUGCUGUUGCUGAAAAGCCGAGUCCAAAUAAAGCUAAUCGAAAAAAAUCAAAGGUAGACUGGACACCUGAACUGCACAAGAAAUUUGUCGAGGCAGUGGACCAAUUAGGUAUAGAUCAAGCCAUCCCUUCUCGAAUACUAGAGCUAAUGAAAGUAGAAGGCUUGACGAGGCAAAAUGUGGCAAGUCAUCUCCAGAAAUAUCGAAUGCAGAGGAGACACAUUUUACCGAAGGAGGAUGAUCGAAAAUGUCCACAAAGACAUCGAUUGCAAAGUUAUAAUCAUCCAAAUAAACCGAUCAUGGCCUUCCCUCCAUAUUACUUGAACCAUGUUGUCCCGUAUCCCAUGUUGGGAGCACCUUGUCAUUCACCCACCAUCCAGAUGUGGGGCGUGCAAGGUUACUACCCUCCAUGGCAGCCAACUGAAAGUUGGCACUUUCUGCCCCCACUUCAGGGAUAUUUCUCCAUGUUCACUCAAGAAGAAGAGGUGAUCGAUAAGACUGUGAAAGAAGCGAUAAGCAUGCCAUGGCUACCAUUGCCCUUAGGCCUGAAGCCUCCAUCCACCGAGUCUGUGCUUGCUGAGCUCUCUAGACAAGGUAUUUCAGCCAUCGACGGAUCUAGCCUUUGAAUUAAUGAAGGUGCUGAUGUGUCACUACACGUCAGCUUCCAGAUAGUUUAUGUGAUAGGUCUGGGUUACACGUGGGUUAAGACCCUUUUUUGUUGCUUUCAUCUUGCUACACGUGGAUAGGUUUGGAGAGAGGUCAAUUUGAUCUGAUCCAAUCUAUUGCAACACGAGUGUCGGAGGUAAUUU